AGAUUGCCAUCUGGCAUGCUAGCAGUUGUUUGUUGUGGCUUUUCCAAAAAUAAACAAACAGAGUUUGUCUAAAGAAAAAGCAUAAUGUCGAGGAUUGUAAAGACCAAACCAUCAGGGAGAACCGGAAUUGUGGCUGCAGAAGCACCAAAGAAGCCUUCUAGUAAAGUCACAUCGAAGGUCACGGAGGAUCCUGCGAAGGCAAAGGCUUCAGGGCAGAAGAGUAAAACAUCCAGCCAGACAACAACGGGGAUCAAGAAGCAAUCAUCUAUAGAGAAAACUGUGAAGAAACCAGCAAAGAUUGAGCUCAAAAGUACUGCAAAAGCCUCAAGUAAACCUGUUCCACUGAAGGCGAAACCAAUUCCUGAGCUAUCGAAGAAUAAUGUAAUGAAUCGUGUGCACAAUGUCACGGUUUCCUCUCCUCCGUCGCAGAGGAAGACUGAAGUGAGUCACUUGCCUCGGGAUCGCACCAGAACCAGAACACUGGAACCCGAAGAGAUUGUCGUGCUGAAGAAGAAGACACAGAAAGAUCCUGAGUCUGCAUCCGAUGAGAGAGAUUCUUCAAUAUCCGAAUCUAUUACUGUGAAGUCUGCUGUAGCCUUUGAGGUGAAAUUUGAUGAUGAGAAGAAGCUUAGAGACGAGAAAAAGGAGAAGAAAGACUCUCCUGAUGACCAAGAAUACAACUAUGAGGAUGAUUUUGAAUCUUACGAGUCGGACUUCGAGUCUGAGACGUCAUCCAAAGAUGAUAACAAGUCUCUGGAUUGCCCAGAGGAAGACAAGAGUGACUCUGCAGAUGAGAGUGCGUCAACGACACCAACAACAUCCCCAGAACUUGCGCAGCACUCCAAAGAUGAGGAGAGAAAGCUCGAUUCGGGGAACUAUGAGCUCCGAAUUCAGAGGGAAAGAUCCCCUCUGGAUCACAUUGAGGAGCAGAAUGAUUCAGGAGUGAUAUUUGGGGAGGAGAACAUCUCCAAGAGAAUCCCCAAGAAGGAAGUUAAGAACUCUCGCGGAGUGGAAUUGAUGAAGAAGAUCUCUCUGGAUGUCAUGACGUUCUCUCUGUUCGAGCUAAAGCCCAUUCCUUAUGAAUACUACAUGAAAGUGUAUGGACAGGGAAACACAACGCAAAUCUCCACGCAAACGGAGAACAAUGAAAUGGAUCAAGACACUCAAACCGACGAACAUGACCAGGAAAGUGUAUGGACACAGUUUCCGCCGACUUUCUCAAAGGAAGUCCUCAGCUUGGGCAUGGGAUCAUCUUAUCACGAUGAGAGAAUCGGUACGGGCAGAAGUAAUAGAAAAUCACUUAAAUCUCUCGGGAAUUUGAGUCGCAUUCCUGAUUACGAAAGCCUUAAUCAGUUCCUGCAGAAAUCCGCCGUGGCAAUUGCGAGUGUCAUCCAGAAGAAGACAGAAGGGAAGAGACUGAAACCCUCGCCAAUAUCAGAAAGCAAUGGAUAUUUCAAUCUCUCUCUCGAUCAUCAAGUUUUCAAGCAGUAUUUCGUCGCUGGACUUUUCACAGACCGCGAAAUUCCGAAUCUUCUCAUCACUGUUCACAAGCUAAGACCAGAGUUGGAGGGAUUUUUCUACUCUCACUUAAUGGGCCUGUGGAAUAUCCUGGAUGCGCAAUAUCCUGUGAAGAUUCUGCUCAGCUGGAGUGACAUUUCCUGUGUUCUGGUCCACAAAUCGUCUCCAGAAGCUGUGAUCUCUGCAUCGCUCGACGGAUCUCUCUCACUCUGGGACACUAAAGAGUCUCUACAGGGACAGGAUGAUGAGCGUGCAAUUGGACAAGUUCCUUGCCAGUUGAUAAUUCCCAGAAUUCCUGGAAGUUCUCAACAUUUCGGUCGGAUUGUGAGCAUGAAGAGCAUAGAAUGGAAAUCUGAGGGAGAUUUCUUUACAGAAUUCAGUCCAAUUCAGAUUUGUUCCCUGCAUGAGGAGGGAAUUCUGAUUCUUUGGCUACUUCUUGAGACUUCCUCGAUUAAUUCUGCAGACGCAAUCAAUGCAAAUGAUCACACUUUUAGCAAAUUGAAGCUAGUCCAGAGCAAUGUUAUCGAUCUGCGAGUGCAUUUGAUGGAAAAUGGAGCGUCAACGAAUCAUUUCGAGAGGAAAUUAUCAUAUUUCGAGAGCGAUUUAUUCAGCGACGCGGCUUUGAGAGAGCUUCAAGACAAGGAUGGAGAAAAGGAUUCCAAUUCAGAAGUUCUCUGCACAGAUUUUCAAGCAUCUUCUGAGGGAUACUUUGUGACUACCAAUCAGCCUUUUAUAUUGUUCUUCAACAAGUCCACUAAAGAGGGAAUUGCGAAGAUUCCAGUGGCGGAUAAGAGCAGUAAAUUCUACGCGACAGUCAUUGAAAUGUGCCCUUCGACGAAGAAUUUGUUGAUUGGCUUCUCCGAUGGUUCUGUGAAGCUGAAACCAAUCCAUGUGGAGCGAGAGGAAGCGUCAGGCGUUGCGGAGGAAAGUGUCAUCGAUGAAGAUGCGGAUGAAGCGAAUCUGAGUGCGAAAUCGUGCGCCAUUCAGAAUAUUGUGAAAAAUGAGAGGAAACUCUAUGAAGAGAGCCAAGCGCUCAACAAUCUCGACAGCUCGGAGAUGAAGAAAUCCUUCGCAUCUCCACUGAAGAGCAUGCAGAAGGAUCGAGUGAAAGUUGGUGGAAUAAUUCUUGCAGGAUCAUACUUUCGCAGGGAUUUCGUGAGGAAGAUCCAAGUGACGGAGAAGCACGUCUUCGCUCUGUGCGGCCAGCAAGUGAAGGGAGUUGAGAAGGAGAGCCAAGAAGAGCAGCAAAUGGAGAAGUUGGGUGUUGUCGAUAUUGGAUCGACGACUGAUGGAUUCCUGAAAUCACGGCUGGUGAUUGCAACGAGGGAGGAAAUACAGGUUCAUAGUUUCGAUAUCUGCUGAAAAGUGUCCGGGCGACAGCCUAAAUAAAUGAUGCGACAUCGAUGAAGGGGUCAGAGAGUUUCCACGCGACAAAUUGCCCAGGAAAUUCGCUCCUUCGAUAAUGCGAUGGUACAAUUAGAGAGGGACAGCGUUGAAUCACUUCGCGUCAUAGCGCGGUGGGCAACAACUGUUCGCCUUCACACAAAUUACUAAUUCAUUGCUACACACUAUGUAUUGUACAUUUUCCCUUCAAUCGUCAAACACGAGACACUAAAUAAGCCACACGAUUAAUAGGGAAAAAAUAACCGCCCUCGUCGAGGAGGAAAUACACUGCAGAGAGUGGUGAUCACUUAACAGCAAAUUAUUCGAUUUACUUGUUUGAUUCUUGACCCAUCGCCAACACACAAUCUCCCGACUUUCCGUACCCGAUUUUUUAUUCAUUGUGUUUCUUCUCCACAAGCCACCCUCGGUGUCAUGAGGUUACUUAAUGGCUAAUCGUGUCGGCGAGGGAGGAAAGAAUAAGGUGAUAUUUUUUUCCCAUGCAUUUUUUAUGCUCUCUCAGUCAGGAAAGGUGACAAAUUGAUCAGCCAUUCACAAAUGUUUGUUAUCCACAUUGGGCAAAUAUUAUUUUCAAUAAUGCCGAGCGAAUUUUACAGAGGGAAGAAGUAUUAAACAGAGAAAUAGACACCAAAUCAAUUUGUUCACAUAUUUGCUCAGGCGGGUGGCAAAGACAGCAAGAAAUGGCUAAAGAGCCACCCAAAUUGGAGGGUAAAGAUUGCGUGCUGCCUCACCAUCUGAUUUGAACAGGAAGAUGGGAAGGAAAUCAAAGAAGAAAAGUUUAUUAUGCACGAUUACCCCUUUUCUGUGUUGGAUAUUACACGAUUUUUGGGUAUUUUUUACGACACUCCGUGGGAAUUUCUCUAUCACCUGAACAUCUGCAUCGUGAAUCGCGGCGAGUGAUAGUUUUCUAAUGUUCUUUUGAUUGAUAUCUGUUACGGAGAAUUACCCUUUUUCUCCUUUUUUCCAUGUCUGCCACUUUCCACUAUUAUUUUAUCCUCUGCCCCACAAUUGUAUAGAGAAAACUUUCUAUUUUCUUUCCAUGCUAUGUUCGAAAAUUUUAUUCUAUGAUGAGAUCCAACAAUGUUCUCUAUGUGCAGAUACAGUUUUUCGAGUUUUGUAUAUUGUAAAUUGAUGUAAAAAGGGUAAAUAAAU